CGAACCAAACACCGCUUCACGCAUUGUGUGUUUAUAAUAGCUAGCUAGCAUCGACGACGAUGGCAAUGGCGUCCUCUUCACCUACUCCGUCCUCUUCGACCUUAACUUUGACAAUCUUCCUCUUUGCGCUGCUUCUAUCCCCUUUAUGCUUUGCUUCUUCUCCUCCGUCAAGGUCGCAGCAAGGUCCUCGACGGUUUAAGAAGAUCUAUGCCUUCGGCGACUCCUUCACUGACACUGGCAACACAGGCAAUGCCGAUGGGCCUGCUGGAUUUGGCCACGUCUCUAAUCCUCCCUACGGAACCACCUUCUUCCGCCACCCGACAAACCGCUACUCCGACGGCCGCCUCGUCAUCGACUUUGUGGCUGAGUCCCUUUCCCUCCCUUUCCUCCCUCCCUACCGCAGCAUCUCUAAAGGUGGCGACGGCAGCCACGGAGUCGACUUCGCUGUCGCUGGAUCCACGGCGAUCAAUCAUGACUUCUUUGUCAAGAACAAUCUCAGCCUCGCCAUCACCCCGCAGUCGAUCCUGACGCAGCUGGUAUGGUUCAACCAGUACCUGGAGGACCGAGAGGGUUGCAGAGAAGCCGCGUCUGGAGGCUCUUGCGCGUCGGCAUUUAAGGAUGCACUGGUGUGGGUUGGGGAGAUUGGGGUGAAUGACUACGCCUACACCAUCGCGUCCUCUGUUCCGUGGGAUACCAUUCAGAAGCUCGCCGUCGAAACUGUCACUGCUUUCUUAGACUCGCUGCUGAGGAAGGGAGCAAAGUACAUGGUUGUCCAAGGUUUACCUUUAUCGGGCUGCCUCCCGCUUGCCAUGUUUCUCGCUCCCGAAAACGACUGGGACGACCUCGGGUGCGUGAAGAGCGCAAAUGACCAGACCCAAGCCCACAACACCAUCCUCCAGUCCAAACUUGCCGGCCUCCGGAAGAAGUAUCCAGAUGCCAUCAUCGUCUAUGCUGACUACUGGAAUGCCUACCGCGCCGUCAUGAAAGCUCCCUCAAGGUACGGUUUUUCGGAGCGCUUCAGCGCUUGCUGCGGGACUAGCGACUCGCCCUACAACUACAGCCCCUUCGCGACCUGUGGAACGCCUUCAGCUCGAGCCUGCAAGAACCCGUCGCAGUACAUAAACUGGGACGGAGUCCAUCUGACGGAAGCCAUGUACAAGGUGGUGUCCGACAUGUUCUUGCGCCGCAACUUCUCUCAACCUCCCUUCAGCUCCUUGCUUAGCAACAAACAGUGGCCACGCCAAUAAAUUAAACCGCCGUUAAAAAUGUUUUUUUUUUUUAAAAAAAUAAAAGAUUUUAUCAUCAUUGCCUGCUUGUUGUAUCAAGGAGAGGGUAUGCUCAUCCGUGAGGCAAAAAUUGGCAAUCCAAUUUGUCUACUCCGUAGGAUAGGCUGAUCAUAAACUAUUUAUCGUACGAGGCAGUCGCAAGUGCCAAUAUAUUGAUAAUAUAUUCAGACCUGUGAAAUUUUGGCUAA